AAAAUCAAAAUGGAAUCAAGUUUCACUGUUCUGUGUCCCUGAUUUAUACCAUACACAAUCAAAAUCAGUAGUGUAGUAAGACUUUCCAAAGGCAAAAAAAGUCAAAUACUCUUGAUUAUGGCAGAAAAGAAUAGAUCAAACGACUUAAGUCAGAACGAAGCCGAUCCCGGGGAUUCCGCUUUGAAUGCAGCUGGCACCAAAAAAGAUAUGCACUUUCAGGGAAGAGGAAACAAAUCUAGGAAAACGUCGUCUGAAAUUAAUAGGAAAAGGUCGAAAGCCUGUGAAAGAACAUUUAAAACUGGCGAGAAUCCAAAAAAGCCAAAGUCGUCACGGAAUUUUGAGACAAAGAAUAUUUCAGGAAAAGUAUCUGAUGUCUCGCAGGCAGGCACUUCCCGAAAUCAGGAUGGUGAAUCCCUAACCAUAACCAUCGAUAAAGGAACAAAAGGUCGUCUGCAAACUGUCUUGAAACUGCUGGAUCUUCUAGAGGGCAAAUAUGACAGUGAUAGCGAGUGUUCGAUGGAUUCUAAAUCUGGUUCAGUCAAAAGAAGUAGUCGACGACUGCAAGCUAUGCAGGAUAUCUCGCACAGGGAUUUUAUGGGUCUGUGCAGGGAUUGUCGAGCACGGUGCAGAAGUUGUGGAAGACGUCCUUCGGCAGUCCUUAUGGCAAAACGUAGAAGAUAUUAAUGCGGAAAAUUAAAAAUGGUAUAACCGUAGAUGGCAGAUGCCUAAGUUUAUAACAAAUAUAUAACUUUUCUUAC